AAGCGCAAAAAUGGCCGUCCACAGGCCUGCGAGCCCUGUCGAAGACGAAAAGUCGCCUGUGACCACCGCAUUCCGGUCUGCUCGCGAUGUCGGCGCGGAGGAAUAUCAGAAAAGUGCGUCUAUCUGGCUCAGCCAGGCCAGCAGAAUCACCACAUCAACUUGUCGAGAUCAGCAGCCGUCCCAUCUCAGGGGCCUCAGAGCAACGUAGGCUAUCUAGGCGCAACGAGCUUCUCUGCAUUCUAUGAAGAAGCGCAAAACAGCUUGUCAGUAGCAGAAAAAUGCGAGUCCGAGUCAGACACGAUGCCGCCGUUCAAGACUAUAGAGGUUUUCCCGCGUCUAGACGAGCUUGCCAUCUGCGCCCUACGCCAGAUUCCCGACAAGGCUUCGUCUCAGCUCCUGACUAGGCUCUACACCAGCUUUUACGGCGGCUGGAAUACGCUCUCGGGCCGGUGGCUCAACGAUUCCCUGUGGACGGCAUUUGCGACAACUCUGGAUCGUGAGGUGCGAGACGAGGAGCUGCUCAGGCGCAUGUCGUUUAAGCUGUGCCGAAACAGUGCGGUUCCUCUUGGGGAGUCGCAUUCAGAUCCGCAAAAGUGGUUUGACGAGUUUUCGGGAUCAAAUUUGCGGUGGGAGUCUCUCGGCUUGCUUUUCGUCUUUUGGGCUGGCGGUGCUCGAAGACUCCCUGAAAUGACUGCCAUUUCCAGCGACUGCGAGUGUAUCGAACUCAGUCGCGAUAGAGCCAAUAGUAAUGUCAUGUUGGCGUUUCUUGUUUUGGGCCAUAGCUUGCUCGAAUCCAACGAGUCUGGGGAUGCAGGUAACUUACCCAGCAUGCAAUACUGGAGAACACACGGCGAUCUCAUGGCCCUGACGACGUAUCUCGGCCUGCACGUCGAACCAAACGCAAACCCAAAGGACUUCUCCGUCACCACGCAAAUCAAGCGCCAGUUGUUCGCCGCCAUCUUCACACACGACAAGGUCACGGCCACGUUUACUGGGCGGCCAGCAUUUCUCAGCAGAAGAUUCUCGUCAACGCCACUGCCCCUGGACAUGAGUGAAGAAUUGCUACUGUCAAAUCCGGCUGACUACAGCGAUUGCCGUGUGGAUGAAAAUGGAUGGAGCACCGAUGGCAAAAUCUAUUUGUCGACGACGUUGCGCGCAAGAGCCAAGCUAUCGUAUGUCAGAGAUGAGAUUCUGGAGAUUGCUCUGCAGAGCAUGGAUUUCGGUGGGAAGACGGCGCUUUUGAAUUUGAAGAGGCGAGAGAUGCAGAUCGUUGCCGAAUUCCCGUCCUGCGUCCUCUACCAGCCCGACGACCUCAACAACCCAGAAGUCUCUGGCAAAGACCUGUACGCAAAACUUCUCAUCUGGCUCGAGCACCUACAGAACCUCUUCUUCAUCGAGCGUCUUCUCAGCAAAGAAGAGAGCGAAGAAGAGGGAUCCCGGCUCUUCGAAAUCAGCCUCGAGAUGGUGACGCUGGCCCACCUCUUCUGGACACACCAGAACCGGCUCAAGACGGUAGAAGACUGCGUCGAGUGGACAACGGCCUCGUUCGCGGCC